AUGUUAUUACUAGCACCCUCAUCAUCCCAUAAAUCGUAUCAAUCGACUGAUAACUACCACAUAUUGAAAACAAAAGAGGCUUCGCUUAAAGAUGACGGCGACGAUGGUGAGUUUAUAGACGACGAAUUCAGUUGGACUCCUAAAGAGGAGGCUCAAGUAUUGCGCAUCUUGGACAAAUAUCUCAUGAUGUUUAUUCUGAUAAUGACCUUUGUAUUGAACAUGGAUCGAACGAAUAUUUAUAAUUUAGCCGUGGAUCUCAAUAUCACAAACGACGAUGUAAACACCAGCAUUUCAGUCUAUCAUUUCGUAUUCACAUUAUUCACACUACCGUCUAAUGCUGUAUCGAAGGCAGUAGGCGCUCAUCUAUGGAUCCCAACUUUGAUGAGCUCGUGGGCUGCUGUUACUUGGGCACAUGCGUUGAUCUAUGAUUUCAGGGGAUUUCUUACUGUUAGAGUUUUGAUCGCCAUUACGGAAGCAGGAUUUAUACCCGCAUGUCUUGGCUACAUGUCUUCAUGGUACAAGACGAAUGAACUGGCGACUCGGUUAGCUUGGUUCUGGGGAGCACAGGCUUUAGCAUCUGCAGUUUCAGGUUUAAUUUCCUUUGGUGUCUUCCGAAUGAGAGGUAUAUAUGGCUUGGAAGGCUGGAAAUGGCUGUUCAUCAUUGACGGCAUCGCAACGCACAUUGUUGGCUUGAUUGCAUUCUUUUAUUUACCUGCUUCACCGGCUCAUACAGAGGGUGGUCUGCGAGGCCAAGACGGUUGGUUAACAAAGAGGCAAAUCCGAAUAGCCGCAUUAAGAAUCACUCGAGAUGAUGCUGCCAAAAAGGAGCACAACAAAUCUAUUAGCCGUACAGAUGUUCAUCAAGCUAUCACUGACAUUAAUCUCUGGACGCAUUUGCUGAUCACGUUUCUAGGUAAUAUGCCAGCCUCACCCAUUAACACCUAUUUGCCAACUAUUAUCAAGGAUGCAGGAUUCUCUACCACAACAGCAAAUCUUUUGACAGCCCCAUCUCAUAUUAUUGGGUUGAUAUUUUCAAUUCUGAUAGCAAGGAGUUCGGAUAAACGUGGCAAUGUUGUCUUUCACGCCUUGAUAGGAUCCAUAUGGGGCUUGAUUGGCUUCAGCUUGUUGGAGAUCCUGCCAGACUCUAUUGGAAAGUGGCCAUUGUAUGCGGCCGCCCUCUUUACAGCCUCAUCACCCUCAUGGCAUGGUAUGCAGAUUGCCUGGAUGGCAUCAAAUAUAGCACCCAUAGGUAAAAGGACCUUGGCUUUGGCAGCCGUGAUUGGAGCAGCAAAUAUAAAUGGCGUGCCAGGAUCGCAGAUAUAUCAAGUGUCUGAUGCUCCUCGGUACAGACACGGCAACAAGAUCAACAUGUUACUGCAUAUCAUAACAAUUUCGUUGUUUCUCUAUCAAAGAACAAAAUAUGACCUGAUCAACAAAUGGAGAGCGUAUCAAUGGCGUCAAAUGACUGAUUUUCAAAAGAAGGUUUACAACAUUGAGCAUGAAGCUCAGGGAAACAACCGUUUAGAUUUCAAAUAUCGCCUGUAG